GUCCCCUCAACCUUCAGACCAGCACGUCCCACUAUGCUUUGCGAUGGUCUGACAAGUGGAUCCAAGAUGGCGUAGAAAGUAAAGCUAGACGUUGUGUCCCUGAGUCAUGGCAGACAGGAGAGCGGAGAAGUCAUGUGAAGAAGCCAGCAAAUCGUUAGCCAGGCGGGAGUACGAGGCGGCAGUCACCCACAGCACGGACGCCCUGGUGGUCCUCGCACCUCAAACCUCAUCCUCAGGUGCAGCGGUCCUGCCAAGCCCUUCGUCCAGCGUCGCCCCGCUCCGCAGCCGUGCCCUGCUGUACCGAAUUGCUGCCUUUCUACAGCUGAAAAACUAUGAUGAAGCAGAUGAAGACUGCAAAAAUGUUCUACCAGAAGAAAUCGCUCGGGGAGAUGGAUCCUUACAGGCUAGUUUACGCGCCAUGCUGUUGGACGGCAGCCUGGAGGAGGUGGCAUGCAUUCUGUCUAAAGCCCUGUAUGGAGAGCCAGUGAACGGCAUCGUUACAAAAGACCUGACCAGGUUGAAAAUGCUCUUCAGUGAGAUCGAGGCUAUAAAAAGAGCGAUGGCUCCAGAAUACACGGACGACCCAGAUGAAGAGGUUCAAGAUGGCUGGCAGUUCCGGCCGCCUCCAAGAGGAGUCACCAGCAGCGAGGAGUACACCCUCUGUAAAAGGUACCUGGAGCAGGGUCUGUGUCGGUAUGGGGCCCAGUGUACGUCGGCUCACUCGCAGGAGGAGCUGAUGGAGUGGCAGAAACGCUACGCCUCACGACUCAUUCGCCUCAAACAGCAGCAGGAGAGCAAGCACUUCACAGAAAACUACAUGGAAACCCUGAUAGAGAAGUGGAUGAACUCCCUAUCCCCAGAGAAAGUGCUAAGUGACAGUUUAGAAGGAGUGACGGUAGACACCAGUUCCAGCCUUUCUGUUACCGUCUCCUCCAAAAAGUCCUCCCACUCCUGGAUCUUUUCCUUGCUGUGCAAGCCGGCUAGAAAGCUGUUCCGCAUCGCUCUGCUGUACGAUGCCCAUCGACCCCACUUCUUCAUCACAGGCGUGUCGGCGGGGGAGCGCCUCCAAGCUGUUCCUAAAGGAUGUCAAGAGUGGACUCCAGGGGAGGAAGCAGUGGCGACGGACAACGGUCUCGAUCACUGCGUCUACAAAGUAGCGGUGAGCUUCAGCACCGAGAUCUUUGGUACCUUCAGGCAGACCAUCGUUUUUGACUUUGGCUCUGAGCCGGUGCUGAUGCAGCGCAUCAUGGUGGAUGCCGCCUCUAUUGAAGACUUGGAGCACCUAAUGGCAGCCAGGCAACAGCUCUUGAUGACUGCCAAGCGCUGGGACUCUUCGUGUAAAACCAUCGUAGAGUUCUGUCCCAACGAGACUAUGGCUGAUCUGGAGCGCAGCCUCCUUUCUCGCUAUCAGAUACCUCUGUCGGCUGACCAGCUCUUCACCCAGUCGGUUCUGGACAAGACCCUAACCAAAGACAAUUACCAGGCGCGUCUGCACGAUCUGCUCUACAUCGAGGAGAUUGCUCAGUAUAAGGAAGUCAGCAAGUUUAACAUUAAAGUGAACAUGCAGCUGGUCAAUAGCUUUAUGCUAACCGGCAUCUCUGUCGGAGCCAAGUACGCUCAGAACGGACAGCUGUUUGCACGCUUCAGGCUCACCGAAACACUUUCAGAGGACACACUGGCUGGGCGGCUGGUAAUGACCAAGGUGAACUCGGUUCUGCUGCUGCCUUUGGGUCGUGAAGGGUUCAGCAGCCAUCCUCCUUCUGGGGUCAAAGAGCGCGUUUAUGAGGCUGUGAUCGAGGAGAAGACCAAGGACUACAUCUUCCUGAGGAUCUGUAAGGACUGCUGUGAGGAGCUGGGUCUGCUGCCCGACAGAGAAAUGCAGGUGGAGCUCCAGUUUCAGCUCAACAGACAGCCGCUUUGUGAGAUGCACUACGCCCUGGAUCGCAUCAGGGAUAACAGCAUUCUUUUUCCUGAUGUCAGCCUGGUCCCCACCAUCCCCUGGAGCCCAAACAGGCAGUGGGAUGAGCAGCUGGAUCCACGGCUGAAUGCCAAGCAGAAGGAGGCCAUUCUGGCCAUCACCACACCAGUUUCUGUCCAGCUGCCCCCAAUUCUCAUCAUUGGGCCCUAUGGUACCGGCAAGACCUUCACCUUGGCUCAGGCUGUCAAGCACAUUCUUCGCCAGGAGAACAGCAGGGUUCUGAUCUGCACUCAUUCCAACAGUGCAGCUGACCUUUACAUUAAAGACUAUCUUCAUCCUUAUGUUGAUGCAGGCAACGCACAUGCCAGACCUCUCAGGGUAUACUUCAGGAACCGCUGGGUGAAGACCGUCCACCCGGUGGUCCAGCAGUACUGUCUCAUCUCCAACACACAGGUCAACUUCCAGAUGCCCACAAGGGAGGAUGUCCUCAGACACCGUGUGGUUGUGGUCACACUCAGUACCUCCCAGUACCUCUGUCAGCUUGAUUUGGAGCCUGGGUUGUUUACUCAUCUCCUGUUGGAUGAAGCAGCUCAGGCCAUGGAGUGUGAAACCAUCAUGCCUUUCGCUCUAGCUAGCAAGACCACCCGCAUCGUGCUGGCGGGGGACCACAUGCAGCUCAGUCCGUUUGUCUACAGCGAGUUUGCUCGAGAGCGUAACCUGCACGUGUCUCUGCUGGACCGGCUGUACGAGCACUAUCCCCGUGAAUUCCCCUGUCGGAUCCUCCUGUGUGAGAACUACCGCUCCCAUGAAGCUAUCAUCAACUACACAUCCGAGUUAUUUUAUGAUGGGAAGCUAAUGGCGAGUGGGAAGCAGCCCUCCCACAAGGACUUCUACCCUCUAACCUUCUUCACGGCCAGAGGAGAAGAUGUCCAGGAGAAGAAUAGCACUGCCUACUACAACAAUGCUGAGGUGUUUGAAAUUGUGGAGCGGGUGGAAGAGUUGCGCAAGAAGUGGCCAGUUUCCUGGGGUAAGCUGGACGAGGGGAGCAUCGGAGUGGUGUCACCGUACGCUGAUCAGGUUUUCCGUAUCCGAGCUGAGCUUCGAAAGAAAAGAAUGCCUGAGGUCAGCGUUGAAAGAGUGCUCAACGUACAAGGCAAACAGUUCCGGGUUCUCUUCCUCAGUACCGUGAGGACACGACACACUUGUAAGCACAAGCAGACAGCCAUCAAACGUAAAGAGCAGCUGGUGGAGGACUCGACCGAGGACCUGGACUACGGUUUCCUGUCCAACUACAAGCUGCUGAACACAGCCAUCACCAGAGCUCAGUCGCUGGUUGCAGUCGUGGGAGACCCCAUAGCUCUGUGUUCUGUUGGUCGCUGCAGGAAAUUCUGGGAGCACUUUAUUUCCAUUUGCCAUGAAAACUCCAGCCUCCAUGGUAUCACCUUUGAGCAGAUCAAGGCUCAGCUGGAGGCUCUAGAGCUCAAGAAGACUUAUGUCCUGAACCCGUUGGCCCCAGAGUUCAUCCCCCGUGCCCUCAGGCCCCUGCAGUCGUCUUCACAGAACCUCCAUCCUCACCAUCACCCACAUCCGCAACAUGUACAGCCUACCUCGAACAAGCAGGGUCCACAGCAGCAGUCUCCUCCCAAGGGGAAACAUGCAAAUCACACAGAGCACCUCCCACCUGACGGAUAUGUUCAGUCCAACUCUGCUGUGUUGAUGGGAAACCCAAUUCGAGCGUUCACACCCCCUCUGGGCGGUACACCGGCUGGAAUAGGGAAGUCACCGAGUCCCGUUCAGAGGAUCGAUCCACAAACAGGCGCCAGUAUUCUCUAUGUUCCAGCCGUUUACGGAGGAAAUAUGGUAAUGUCCAUGCCUCUGCCACUGCCCUGGCCUGGUUACCAGAACCGCUUUGCUGUGGAUCCUCGCAUCAUGAACCACCCUGCAGCCAUGGCCUACAACUUAAAUCUGCUGCAGCCGCAGAACCAAGGCUCCCCCGUCCCAUACAGCGCGGUGACACACCCCUCCCCAUUAGGAAUGGGCCAGCCCAGCCCUGAGAAGGAGCUACAGGCUGACUCCGUCAGAAAUGGUAAAGUAGAAGGAUGUCCAAAGUCUGAACAAAACCGUCUACAAACGCCAGAGAGGAAAAACGCAGACAUAAGGGAAAAACAGGGAGAUCUAGACACAGGCCAAAUUCGAACUUUAGAGCCCCAAACCGAGGGUGUCGUUGGUUUUCCCAAUGUUCUCCUCCAUCGUAAAGAUCCUUCAGCUACCCAAAGAUCCCUCAACUACCACCUGGCACCACCCAAUCCAGCGUUUCCUCCACAUCCUGCUGGUGGAAGAACUUUCCCCCAACAGUACCCCGUUUCUAAACUUCCUUAUUGGGUCAACCAGCCCCAGCAUCCAGGAAUGACCCAACAGAGUCAGCAGCAACAGCUCAGCCCCGCCUUUGCUGGUGGAAACCACGCUUCCUUCUUCAGUGGCUCCAUACCCCCCCACAGAUCUGUGCAGUCGCCCACCGCGGAUAGGGCAGAGCCCGGUGGUGUGGAGGACAUGAAAAGCUCCAUUAGGACUUCAAUGGGCCACGCUGCGGGGCAUCAUCCGGGUCUGCCACAGCAACACAACAGAGCCGGCAACUUUGGUGAGGAUGGACAGGAUGGAAGUCUUGGAGAUGGUAUGGAUGUCCACAGUCCGUUGGCUCUAGAAGCCAUGAGCCAGCAGCAGGCAGCCAGACUGGGCCAGUGGGGGGAAGCAGCGGGUCCUUACCUUCAGGGAAACGUUGCCUUUCCUUUGCCCCAGCAGCUCGCCCACCUUGCUCAAUCUGGCACGGCUCGAUUUCCCCCUCAGCUCCUUCGAGCAGCAACCUGGGCUCAUAGUGCCAGUAUGGAGGAUGAAGCAGUUCCUUCUGCCUCAACGGGGCCGACGUUCGCCAGGUAUCCAGGCCUCCUGAGAGAGGUGCCCCCACAGGAUCAGCCAGAAGCCAGAGAAGCAACAGAGAUGCAACCUCCACCCCAAUCUCGACUCCUUCAGUAUCGACAGUCCCAGAGCCGCUCUUCAGACGACUCUUCUUCCUCUUUAGUUGCCAUGUCCAAUCACGCUGGCCCCUUUCCUUCAGGACUUUACUCCCACAAUACAAGUCGCAACCUCCUUAAUGAAAACCUUCUCAACAAUCAGGCUCUGCAGCAGCAACAGCACAUGGGGAACUCCCUGUACAAUACAGGUAGCUACCCAAAUCAGCCACCAGCUCACUCUGGCAGCCCACCUUCCUCCCAGGUCAAAUAUCUUCUGCAAGAAGCUCAGUGGCCCCAUGGUGGAGGUGCAUCUGCAUCACAGCAGAACCACUUGCUGGGGAACCAGGGCCAUGGUCUUCUCUAUGGACUGCCCAUCAUGGCUCACCCCAGCAGACAGGAGCAGGUUCUGAUGCAGCAUCACCAGCAGCAGCACCAACAGCAGCAGCUGCAUCAACAACAGCAGCAGCUACAGCAGCUACAACAACCCCUGCCACAGCAGCCACACCAACAAAAUCCAGGUCCUAACCCAGAGCCCUACCACCCACUGUCCCCCAGAUCAUCAGCAACUACAACCCUUCACAGUGUAGAUGAGUAUGAACCACGAGGUCCGGGCCGGCCUCUUUAUCAGCGCCGCAUUUCCUCCAGCUACCCAGAUGAACCAUCUCUAGCCAACACCCACAAUGCCCAGCCCUGUCCGUCAGACCCCCAGGAUCAUUCUCAUAUGCAGCAUCAUCAGCACCCACACCCCUCCUAUAACUAUCUCCCACAAGACCACCUCUGGCCCAGUAAUGGUGCAGGUCCUGGUAAAUUUCAGAACAUUCCAUGUAACGGAUCCAAUGCUCUGGCUCAACAUCGCGACCUUAUGGCGUCCAAGGUUCUCCGUCAAACUGAUGAGCAGGUGAAGGCUGAGCCCACAGCCACACAGCCCACCCAUCCACACAGCAUCACCUCCCAUCAGCACCAGUUUCCUCCUCUAAUGUCAAAUAAAAAGCAGCAGCAGCCACCACCGCCACCACAGGCUCCAACAGAGGCCACCCAGGGGGCUCCAAAUUUAAACAAAGCCCCCACCAUGUCAUACGCAAGCGCCCUCCGCGCUCCCCCGAAACCCCGAGCUGUUCGCCCUGAACAGGUCAAAAAGAAUAGUAACCCUCUUUCCCUCCUUCAAGAGCUGAGUAUUGGAAGUUCAAAUGGUAGCAACGGAUACUACUCCUACUUUAAAUGAGUGUCACUUCUCCCACUUAAUAGGUGAUCAAAUAAAAUAAUAAAAUCCAAGCAAAAAAUGGUAAAAAAAUAAUAAACAAAAAAAAAAUGUGUGUAAAGUGCAUUUAUAAUUUGGUUUCUACCAGUAGGUUUGUUUUCCUGCAUUUUUUAAUCACUUUGACUUCUUGUUGGUAAUGUUUUUUCUUUGACAUAUCUGUGAAGAAAGUCAGUAUAUAUAACAAAUGCAUUACUGGUAUAUAUAUAUACAUACUCACUAUGUAUAUAUGAAUAUAUAUACUUAUAUUAUCUACACUUGUACAUGUAAGUAAUGCUUAAAAAUAAAUAAAUAAAAUAAUAUAAAAACUAAAAAAAAAGGUAACACUUGGCUGACCACUUAGCUUCCUGCUUUUUUAAAAGAAUUUUUUUCUUAAAUAUAAAAAAAUGCUUGUUUUUGCUUUUUUUCCAAGUUUCAAGUAGACAUCAACAGCUCAUAAUACUGUGUUUUUGUAACAACGGCUAAGUGGUCAACCGACCAACAGCAUAGAACAGUGUAUAGAAGUAGAUAAAUUUUCCUCUAAUCUGUACAGAUAAAGAAAAUAAAAAGACUGAAUUGUACACCACAUAAAUCAUGUUAGUAUUUGCAUUAUGAAUAGUUUUUUUUCCUGCCCCCUUUCAACUUUUAGUCAUCCUUACUUUAAAAUAAUCUUUGGUAAUUUAGUGGUAAAUGUGAUUAUAGAAAAAACAACUCCAGUUUUCAUUUAAUUUUCACCAAGACGUCAUCGGGAAGACUAGAUUCAGUGUGAAACUGUCGCUGAAUCGGUCGUGUGUUUCAUUCUCUGUCGGCUUUAAAGCUCUAAGAACGCGAGACGAUGCUUUCUGUGAUCAGAUGAACCACGCUGCUUGUUUGAGCAGAAUAGUUCCGUUAUGUUUUAUUUUGCUGGUGCUUGUUUGUCAGAGCAUCAGAUCUGAUCAUUUCAGUAACUGUUGGUCCGCGGAUUAUUUUUGAAAGUUUUUUUGGUCUGAAGGUCUGCGUAAGUGAAGAGAAAGCUUGGUCAUUGUGAGUCGUGAUUACCGUGGGUUAUUUACCUCCAGUCAAAUGUUUUUGAGCAUGCUAAAACAGACGAAGAAUGGAAAACUGAAGCAAAAAAAUUGGUAUUUGUGUGAAAAAUACUUUUCUUCCCCAAAAUUUACAUUUUUAUAAUAAGAAAAUGUAUGUACAUGUUUGGAUUUCUUGUCAUAGAUGUAUUGUUUUAAUUGUAAAAUCUUAUUUUAAAUAUUCUGGUACAUUUUAUGCAGACAUUAAAAAUUUAAGUUACUCAAACACAUUUUUCUCGUGAAUUUUAAAUCUCCCAUCACCUCAAAAGUGCAAAAAAGUUCUCUUAAUACUUUUAGCUACUUUAGAAGGGUGCUGUUUGAACCAAUGAGUGAUUCAAUCUGGUACAAUCCGGUAUUUGAAGUGGAUUGAAAAAGAGCCCUUUUUAAAAUUCUUUCCCUUGCUGUACGUUUUUCACGAAAUUAGAAAAUUUAGGAUCUUUGACAAACCCCAUAAAAAGCAUCUGAUUAACUGAGUAACAAUGUAACGUUGAACUGAUAUUUAAUGAUCAAUAAGGCUUUGUUUAGACGUUUUAUCUUUUGCAGUUUUUCAGUUUUAAUAAGACAUUUAUUUAAGUGAAAAAUGUUUCCGUUAUCUUGAGACACUUAUUAAAGGGACUAUAAGGAAGUUUUGACAGCCAAAACAUGUAUAGAAAUAAUAAAUGUCUUCUUCACACAUUCUCCUGCAAUGCCCUGGUCCUGUAGAAUGAGCCCUGGCCUUUUUACUGUGAUUGCCUGUUUUUCUGUAAAAUCACAGAAAAAGAGAGCUGCUCGGGUCGAGCAGGCUGCUUCAUGCGCGUUCACGCUCAGGCAUCGCCCGUAGCAUUUGCUAUCCGUAGCGUUAUCAGCAGAGAGUGAGGUAGUGCCAACUCGGCGACUUUGUCACGGUUCCUAACGCCUAGUGAUGAACCUAGCUACAUUUCUGUAGCCUAGUGAACUAGACCAAAUUCUUGCUUUGCAAAGUUUGGUCUAGGCAUGCUCCAUUGGAACCUCAGCAGCUCCUACCAGCACUCUGGCUAGCCAAUCACAGCUCUCUAGAGGGGUUUCAAACACAUAAAGAGCUGUGAUUGGUCCAUAAUGGUGGGCCAAUCAUAGUGCUCUAUCUGCUUAGUGAACAAAUAACAGAGCUUUAUCCGCUUUGUGGGCCAAUCAGGGCACUCUAUAUGCCUGGUGGGUGGGAUGAUGCAACAGAGUGAAACAAGAGUAUGUCACAUUCAUUGUCCAGUGGAACGCGGAGAUCAUUUGAAAGACAACGGUAGAACCCGCCCCACAACCGAGAGCCGUCAAUGGAGCGUGGCCAGACUAAAUAAAACAUUUAUUUAGUCUGGCUUGCCAGGCUAACAUUUCUGAGGACCCUUAGCUACUUUCUGUAGAACUUUCUUCUAGAUAUUUCCUGCAAAUCAGCAACAAAAUAGCCAUUUUCGCUCCAAGCCGUUCUUUGGAUUGACGUUGUUUCAGCUGUCAUCAAGGAUAUAAAUGUUACAGAUGACAAACAUCAUUGGUGCUUUAGUUCACCUAGUAAGGUAUCUGACUCUCAUGCAGAAGACCUGGGUUCGACUCCAGUUGUGGACAUAAUUUGUUAUUUUGAGUUUCUUUUUUAUAUUAAUGAUAUAUUUUUUACAGUAAUAAGACGCCCACAUUUUUAUUUGACACUUGUCGAACGGCAUUGAAUUCACGGAUAAAAAGAUGUGGGUUCAACUUUCAUUUUGGAACAAUUUUCAAGCAAGGGAAGGGAAUGAUCUGAGCAUGCAGGAGGACUGACCCGUCAUAAACUUUUGUCGGCUGUGCUGAAGAGAAAGGUACAGAACCUAGUUAAGUAAUUAGCUGCGUGUUCUCCUGUCGUCUGUCCUCCGGGCCACACACACACACACGGAACUGUCUCAGCUGUUAUUUUUGUUGAGUGUGCACGUACAGCGUGCACACCUCAUGCAUGAGCUUACUUUUGAAGCUGCAGUUACGCGUUAGGCCUGAGUGGCGAUCGCGAGCAUAAAAUCUUCAAACUUCCUUACAGUCCCUUUAAGCUUAAUCUUUUUCGGUUUUAUCGUAAAAAACACCUAAUCUGCUCAAAAACCUUUGACUGUUAGUAUGCUUGUUUUAUUUUUUAUUCUUUUAAGCUUGAAAUAUGAAGAAGAAUGCUUGUGGUCGUUUUAAAAGUCCGAUCAGAUUUUAAACUUGUGUUUUUGCAGCUGAUAAAUCAGUUUUAUUUAAAUGUUUUCAACGUUCUUUUUUUUUUUUUAAUCCGAAAAUACAAAAGUGGUGAUGUUUUGUUUUAAUUCACUCCGCAGGUUUCUUUCCUGGUUCUCAGACGAGUAGGUCACACGGUUUAGGUGAUUUUAACUCUUUUAUGAAUGAACCCCAUCUAGGAGGCGAUAUACGUAUAAUGCUAAUCACAUUCAUUCACCGUAAAACUCAAAUUAAUAUUGAACAGUCAGCUGAGAGACGCAUCAAAGGUUUGGUUUUGUUUUCAAGUUUUGACUCAUUUUUUCCCUCCUGACUGAGCAAAGAUCAUGUACUUGUAAAUAUGCAUUUUCUAUGUAUUUACAAAUGAGAACUUUGGGAGCGCCUCACUUUUGUAGAAGCUGUUAAAAGAAGAGGCAUGUCCUUUUGCAAAUUCACAAAUAAAAAUAAGGAGUUCUAGAAAUGGACAACCCGAUUGGUAGUUGCACCGUCUUUAUAAAUCCUGUAAGGUAGCAUCUUGUCGGGUGGGUUAAAUGUUGCACCGUUAGAUGACUUAAUUAACUGUACUAUACAUACUUUGUCAGAACAAGUCGCUGGAUUUCUCUUGGCUUUGUUCUCUCACCACAGCUGUACAACAAUCAACAUGGGUUUAUUUUUAAUGCUUGGUUUGGUUUUGUCUUUCAGUGCAUGUUGAGAUGGCCUGGCUGUUUUUGUUAUCCCGUUUUUAUCACUAUGUAUUGAUUUAUUGAUGGAAAACGGUAAAAAAAAAUAUUGUUUAACCCACAGAGUCUAAUUUCUGUAUAUCAUUUGAUGUGUACAAUAACUUGUGGCAAUAUCAACAGUUACGCUACUUUACUAUGUCGAUCACAAGAUGUGAUGUUCAUAUAGGUUCCCUCUUUCCUCCUGCAGUUAUUUAGAAGGGCUAAAGCUGAGGUUGCUCCCUGGUGAUUGUGUUAGGAAAUUAACAAAUCAGUCAUUGGCUAAUCUCUACAGUUGUGCAAUACUAAUAUGUCACUGGCAACUUGGGUGUGGCACACGACAGUAGGGAGCAACCUUUUGCCCAGCCAGCAGAGAGCACCGUGUUCACCCUUUUGCUAAACACCAUCGUUUCCUGUUAUCUGUUGGCACUCUUCUGUUCUUCCCCUGCUGCAGUGAAUGGCACACCUGUUCUCCCAGCUUCCCAGCCCCACUGGUUUUUCCCUUUGUGGGUACAAAAAAUAUGACUAUUUCAGUUGGUGGUUGUUAUACUGAAUGAUCUAGGCUGUGUUUUACAGGUUUAUUUUCUUUUUUUAAUCGUUUCUCUAUUAAAGUGUUUUUAUUGAAA